UUCCUCCUUUCACCUUCAUCGCCAACCUCGUUCUCACCUUUCUUGGCUAACACUCAACAAAGCAAACGAGCUAAGAAAGGAGAGAGAUAGUUAUGAUGACCAAAACCCUUCUCGCCCUUGUGGUUCUUCUUAGCGUCCUUGGAAAUUCUGUUGCCAUUCCUUGGUAUAGUCUUAACCUCAACUACUACCGGUACAGGUGUCCUGACACAGAACGCAUUGUCCGACGUGUCACACAACAAUAUGUUUCUCGCAAACCAAGCCUCGCCGCUGCGCUUCUAAGGAUGUAUUUUCAUGACUGUUUCGUCAGAGGAUGUGAUGGUUCCAUUCUUCUGAAAUCUCCAAACAAUGAUGCGGAAAGAAACGCUGUUCCCAACCUGUCCCUGAGAGGCUAUGAAGUGGUUGAUGCUGCCAAGGCAGCGCUCGAGAGGAGGUGUCCAGGUGUUGUUUCUUGCGCUGAUGUUCUUGCCUUGGUCGCCAGAGAUGCCGUCUUAGUGAUCAGGGGACCAUGGUGGCCGGUUCCAUUGGGCCGCAGGGAUGGACGCAUCUCGAGAAUUUCCGAGGUCAAUUUACCAUCUCCUUUCGCCAACAUAGCCACGUUGAAGCAGAACUUUGCCGACAAGGGUCUUAACGCUAAAGACCUAGUCGUUCUCUCGGGGGCUCACACCAUAGGAAUCUCUACUUGCGCUCUCGUCAACGCACGUAUCUACAACUUCACAGGUAGAGGCGAUUUUGACCCGGCGAUGAACCCAAGCUACGUCAGGUCAUUGAAGAAAAGGUGCAAGCCCACUGAUUUCAGAUCCACAGUGGAUAUGGACCCAGGCAGUGUCAAGAGAUUUGACUCUCACUACUACAACGUCGUGGCUCAGAGGAAAGGGCUCUUCACAUCUGACUCUACGCUUCUCGAUGACUUUGACACCAGACAUUACGUUCAGAUUCAGGCCUUAACUAAUGGGAUUUCUUUCAACAGAGAUUUCUCCGACUCGAUGUUCAAACUUGGUUUUGUCGAAAUUCUUACCGGGAGACAGGGUGAGAUCAGGAGGAAGUGUGCUUUCGUUAACUAAUCCCGAUCGAUCGACGGUUGAGUGAGUCUAAACGCUUUCUGCUUAUUAUGGAAAGUCUCUUGUUUGAGUUUUGCUGUUGUGUUCUGUUUCUUCCAUGAAUAAUUUGUAACCGAUCGAGUAAACUAACUUGUAUUCUUUAAGGUCACUAUGUUUGUAAUGGAAAAAAGUUUGAUUCA